UAAAACAAAACAAGAAAAAUUGUGUGAAUUUCGUAUUAUAUUAAGGAAAAAUGCCGAAAACUAAUAAUUUUAUUAAAUAUUUUAAUCAUUUAAUUGAUUAUCAAAAUCAAUCAUUGCCGGACAAUAAGUUGUAUAGAGAUUAUAUCAUAAUAUAUGACUAUUUAAUGGAUUUAUUGCAAAAAGAUGAUGUGAUUGGAAAAUUUCUCGUGCGGAGAAAACAACAGGCUUCUAAUAUCAAUGCUGACAUUUUACUUGAUCUUACAAAACUUUUUAAUGCCCGUUCAUACGUUCACGAACCAUUUUUAUGCCUUACCCUGGAAGGUUGUGAUAAUAAACAGUUCGUCAACAUUCUACAUCCAUUUUGUAAUCGAAAUCUUUCUAUUGUUUCACGUAAUAUUACAAAAAAUAUCUGGUUAGCAUUACAACGAGGUCUCAGUCGGAUGGGAUCAUUUGUUCGUGGCUUUCAGGGAGAUAUAUAUGAAUUAUCUAUUUCUUCAAAGAAUUACAAUGAUAAUUAUAUAAUAAUAAAUGCGUACAAUGAGGAUAUAAGUUUGAACAUUAAUCUACGCAUUUUAAUAAAAUUCACAAAUCAUCUGAAUAAUGAACGAAAAUCGCAACCGUAUCCAAAACAUGAACUUAAUAAAGAAUGGUUUGCUUUAGUGCCUCGUCGUGAAAGUUUUACCUAUGAAGUAUGUUUUCCACAAUUAGAGUUGGAACUGAAACAUAAGUGUUCGAAAUUAGUAAUGAUUUUACGGCUAUUGCGUUUUCUGUUCGAAAAACACAAACAACUUAGCCGUUUAGAUGUUGGUUUUGUGGAAGCGAUUAUUUAUAGUGAAUACCUGGAAAAUGUUCGUGGUUUGAAAAAUUUUAAACAGGACUAUAUGUUUUAUUUUAAAGGUGCUUUAACGCGCAUUUUUAAUGCUUUUGAAACAAAAAAAUCUCCUUAUUUUUGGAAUGAACGUUUUAAUCUUAUCAAUUAUUUUGAUAAUAUCUGUUUAGUUUCAACACUACUGCGUCAUUUAAAUAUAAUGUUUACAAAUUUCAAUAGUAUAAAGAAAAAAGAAUCUCUAACAUAUGAGGAAUUUUUUGAAUUUUUUGAUUUUAAAAUGGACCCUUUUUCCUAUGAAGUCGAUCAAUUUGGUAUUUUUAAGUCAUAUUAAUGAUAUAUCUCCUUUUUUUACUUAGUAAUUAGUAUAGUUUUAAAUUAAAAAAUAGUUUUAAUUAAUUCAAAAUAAAUAUUGAAUUUUUAUAAAUAUUUGCAGUUUUCAAAUACAUCUUACAAACUUCUGAAAUUGAUAAA